CAAAUUUUUAGGAAGAAUUUCGGGAAGAGACGUCGCAAGAGGAAUUCCGGGAAGAAGAAGGAACUAAAGAUGACGAUGAUUUGGAAGAAAUGAAUCAUGCGCAGAUUUCGGCUGGAUCUUCAACAUCAGACCCAACAAAGCAGGCUGUUCCGAAGAAACGAAGCAGGACCAGCACAAAAAAAAACCAGAAUGACUUCAUAACUUAUUGCAAGCGUCAAUUAGAGAAAAAUGAUUCACUGGAUGAAUAUGAUGCGGCAGCAAUUUCCUGGGCCAAAAAGUUAAAAAGAAUGAACCCAAUGCAAGCCAUAUAUGCAGAUAUGCAUAUAAACAGAAUUGUCAACUUGGGACUACUCAACCAGUUAACCAAUAAUAUAGAUUUUCCGCCCCAGUCCCCAAUUUUUUCCUCUCUCAGUUCGCACAGUGGUGAAACGUCAAAUUUACCAUAUUCUGUCCAAGUUCAUCCACCAGAUGGCACAUCAGAUUCAUCACAGCCAAUACAACCAUCGGGUAUCGCAACUUAUUAUUCAGAGGCUGGUGAAACAAUUCUCACUUUGUAAAGAUUACGGUGGAAUUAGGUUGGUUGUUUAUAUUUAUCGAAUGAUCUGUUGAAUUUUUUGUGAUAUGAGAGUUUUAAAAAUUAGAGUUGAGUUAAGUUUGUUGUUUAUCGAAUUACAUGUUUAAGUGUUGUUGUGGAAAUGAUGUAUUAAUUUUUUAUGAUAAAUUAUGCUUACCUUCA